AUGGGUCUCUUAGGUGGCUGCGGAAUUUUUGGAAUAGCGUCCUCUGCCACGUAUGUUGUUGACACAUACAAGGAAUUGGACACGGAGGCGAUGGUUGUAGUCAUUUUAAUUCGAGAUGGUAUGCUACAAUUCCUUCGUUAG